GCUGACGGGAUCUAUCCCGAGUGGGCAACUCUCAUUAAGACGUUCUUGUGCCCUCAAGAUCCCCAAAUUGAGCUUUUUGCUAAAAUGCAAGAAUCAGUUAGAAAAGACGUCGAGCGUGCUUUUGGGGUCUUGCAAGCGCGAUUCGCAAUCAUCAAAGGACCUGCUCGCAUGUGGCAACCUUCAACAAUGUCUCUCAUCAUGAAUUGUUGUAUUAUCUUGCACAACAUGAUUGUGGAGGACCAGUCUCAGGAACCUCGAGGCGCAAAUGAUGUAGACAUAUUUGAUCCGCCUGUACCACCACCUGAACAUCUUCCGCGUCCACCUGCUACUUUUGCUCGUUUCAUGGAAGGUCGCGCCUUUCGCUCGCAAGCUAACCAUGUCAGUUUACGCAAUAACUUAGUCCAGCACAUAUGGAGAACCUUUGGAAAGGAUAACAUCAAUGACCACAUUGUGUAGAUUAUUGUCUUUUGUUUUUGUUAUUUUUUUUUGUUAUUUUUUUCUCUUUUGAUGUUUGUGCCGCUUGUUUCAGAUUUAUGUUAGAUUUAUGUUUCCUGUCUUUAUGUCUCAUUCUAUUGAAUUUUUUGAUCAGUGUAUAUAAUUCUUUUGUCUGAUUUUGAUCUCUUUCCUCCCCUCGAUUUGACGUGUUCUCCAUUUUAGUGUAGAUAUUAUUUUUUUGGUUUGUGAUCAUCGUCUAUACGCGAGAGUUCAUAACAAUCAGGAAAUGAAUUUAUGUGUACAUAGUUCAUUUGUGGAGCCUUUCACAACUUUAAGAUCAAAAGAAAAUCAUGAGUAUUUUACUUGCAAGUAUG